AUGAUAUAUUAUUUGCUCCACCUGCCAGGUAACGCCGGUACAGGGGACAGAGAUGAAGUCGUCACAAGAAAGAAGAAGAAGAAGAAGAAGAAGAAGAAGAAGAAGAAGAAGAAGAAGAAGAAGAAGAAGAAGAAGAAGAAGAAGAAGAAGAAGAAGAAGAAGAAGAAGAAGAAGAAGAAGAAGAAGAAGAAGAAGAAGAAGAAGAAGAAGAAGAAGAAGAAGAAGAAGAAGAAGAAGAAGAAGAAGAAGAAGAAGAAGAAGAAGAAGAAGAAGAAGAAGAAGAAGAAGAAGAAGAAGAAGAAGAAGAAGAAGAAGAAGAAGAAGAAGAAGAAGAAGAAGAAGAAGAAGAAGAAGAAGAAGAAGAAGAAGAAGAAGAAGAAGAAGAAGAAGAAGAAGAAGAAGAAGAAGAAGAAGAAGAAGAAGAAGAAGAAGAAGAAGAAGAAGAAGAAGAAGAAGAAGAAGAAGAAGAAGAAGAAGAAGAAGAAGAAGAAGAAGAAGAAGAAGAAGAAGAAGAAGAAGAAGAAGAAGAAGAAGAAGAAGAAGAAGAAGAAGAAGAAGAAGAAGAAAAAAAACCAGCCACAGACGAUCUAG